AGACUGAGAAAUAGAGACUCCAAUUUUGAGCAAGAAAGAAGAACAUGGCCGAAAGUUCUUCGGCUUCGUCUCCACCCAAGCCUGUGGUUGUUAGGGUGAAACGAAAACCCUUUCAAUCUCCGCUUGAUGCUUUCUGGUUGGAAAUCAAUGAGAGGCCAUCGAAGCGACCACUCUUGGAUUUUGGAAAUCUAUCAAUCUCUGAUUCUGCUCAAAAGGUGGAAUUUCAUAACAAGAAGAUUUUCGUGCAACAUGUGGAGACAAUAAACAGCUCUGAGGUCACCUUUGACAUUGUGCAAUCCUUUGUGGAUCCUUGUUCCAGCGGUGCUUCUGAAUCUAACUCAAAAGUUUUGGAAAGAAAGAACUUCUUUAAAAAGGAUAAUAAGCAAGAUCAGCUUUUGUUCAAAGCUAAACAAGAAAAAGAGUCUUUAGCAAAAAAUGCUCGCUUUGAACAAAUAUGGAAGAGUAGGAAGGGAAACAAAGGGACAGUGCAUGAAAAAGCAUUACAAGAAAUAUGCCACCUCUAUGACAUUGUUCGUGUUGACAUUGAAGAAAAAUCUAAGGAACAGGAAGAUAUCUCCUUGGAGGACCAAAGACUUUUGUCUAGUUACCUCCCUAUGCUAAGAGAGUUUAUUCCUAAUGCUGCUGCAGAGAUUGAAGCUGAUAUGCUUGCUCAUUCCAAACAAGAGGAUUAUGUGUAUGACCUCUACACUGUGAAGGACGAGAUGGAUAUAAAGGUUGAUGAUUCUUCAUAUUCUUAUCCACUAGUUCAAGUUGAUGAUUCAGAUUAUUAUGAUGGACCAGAUGAUUCGGAUUAUGAAUCUGAUGACUCAAAUGCUGAAAACAAUCCACUGAAUGAUUAUCCUGAUGAGAUUUCUCAAGAGGAGGAUGAAGAAGUUGAAGCUUCUGAGUGUGGAUCAGAAGAACGCGAACAUAGCAAUGCUAGUAACGAAUCAUCAGAUGAGGAUGUAGAACAUCAUGGUUUUUCCAAAGGUGACGCUGAUCCUUUGUAUGAUGAGGAUUUUGAUGAUUAUAAAGGCGCAGGCGAUUAUGAUGUUGAGGAUGGGGAUGAUGAAGAUUGGAGGUGGUCUUACCGAUGAAGCUAGCUUUGGUUUUAGUUUGGAGAAAUGCUAAAUUCACCAAAAAAAGAAGUUAUAGGGUCAAAAUCAAAACUUCUGGGCAGACCCAUUGGAACAUACAUAAAUUCCGGAAGAAAAAUGUUCGGAUUGCACUGUCUAAAAUGAAAAACUAAUGGUUAGAGGUGUAUUUUUCUUGUGUUUUGUUGUGGUGGAUGAUGUGACUUUACUUUCUGUUGACCUGACUUUAAAAUUCAGACCGGUCAUCGACUCGAUCGAGGUACUGGGUCA